ACAAGAAGGGGAAUAAUAGCGAGUUAAACACCUCGAUUGCAAAUCCUCCUUGUUAUCCGCCUGGUUCAUUGUAGGAAUUAGGCUAUAGGAUCUCAGGUUAAACAUCCUCGGGCGCUGUCUGUUUGUUUAAAUCGAGUAAAAAGUGAAAUGGUUUUAGAGUUUCAAAUCAAACUAAAUCAUUAGCCCUGAAAUCCGUGACAUCAUCUCACACUCGAACAGGUAAUACAAAUUUAAUGGGUCGGAGUUUGUUUAGGAAUAAGGGAACUUCAAGAAAAAUGGCGACUACUCGAUAUUUGAUUGUGUUAAGAUGACUUAAAAACCAACAUGAAUGGUGUAUUGUACACGGUUUUCACCGUUUGGGCUGUUGCAGCUUUAGAUGUCAGACUUUUACGCCAAACUAAAGCUUACGGUUCAAGUCAAAACACUUUGCCAUAUGCAUAUGGCCGGCAGAAAAGGGGCAUCAAAGAUCAAAGUACUGCAAAUUCGAGGGAUCAUUUCAGGAGCAAUGAAAUGACGUUUGAUUCAAAUCAAUUGUUGAACAAAAAUGCCUUCUCAUCAAAUUCGCCUGAGAGGGAUGUUAGACAGGUAUUAGAAGACGGAGAUUUAAAAAGGAGGAGCAAAACAGACCACCCACAAAAAACCAAGAGGAUUAGGGUAGUGAAACUAAGAAGAUAUAAAAAGCAAUUAAAAAGAUACACACGGACAAAAUCUCCAGGAACAAAUAGAAAUAAGCAAAAGCACGAAAUAGUACGAAAUAAGCUGCGAAGCAGCAAAAGAUUCGAUGACCGGGUGUCAAAACGUAAAAUUAACGAAAAAGAAAUGCUCGGUAUUCCAUCGCAACAUCAACGAAAUAAGACAGUUCACCCAGAAGCCGUAACAAAUGAAGAUUCUGGAAAAAGAUACAAGAAACAAGGGAUUCCCAUGGCUGCAUUUGCUCGAGGAGGGGAGACAGGUAGACCAAAACACGGUCCAAAGUCGCACAGACCAAACUUUUUAAUGCCUCCUUUGGAUAAAUUAUUCUCAGGAAAGCCAGAAAAUCGUUACAUAGGUGCGCCUAUUCAUCGAUAUCUAUCUAAGCCCAUAGACAUUGGAAGUCUUGAGCCCAAUGGAGGAAACGUCCGACAUUUUGGACCUAAUCCAUGUUUCCGGAUAAAUAACGCGGGGCCAUGUAUUGAGGGGCCUAUCGGUCAGUUAAUAGAUGGACACCCGCAUCAUAUCCACGAAGGAGGACCCGAGGCGCAUAUUGGAAUGGGUGGAAAUUUGGGGGAGGUGACAAACCUGGGAGGGGCGAUGCAAGGAGGAUUCGGAGUCGGGGGCGGAGCAAUAGCCGGAGGGGUGACCGGGACAGCAGACGCUUUUGGGGUAGGUGGUAGUCCCCCGAAGUUUGACGAUCUAGACAGUUAUUCCAAUAACCGAUUUGGUGCACCAAAGAUAAUGGACGGAGGGGGAGGUGGAAUGUCUUUCUCAAACAUGAUGGCCGUAGACGCACCUGUACACCACGUGGAUAGGGUUCCGUUUCCGGUUAUGGUUAACAGGCCUGUGCAUCAUACCGAGAGGAUUCCAUUUCCGGUUCCGUUCGUUGUGAAUAGACCAAUCCACCAUACAGUUCAGGUCCCUUAUCCAGUCCCCGUGCGAGGGCCAUCGCGAUUAGUGAUCAUCAACCGCCCCGUCCCCAUGCCUUCAAGGCCCGUCCCAGUGCCAGUCAUGGUGCCCGGGCCCCCUCGCAUAAUGGAGUACCACCAUCUGAAUAAUAUCAUCGUAAACAGCCCAUGCGAGGUUAGCCCAUGUCGGAACGGUGGCACAUGUUCAGCGGUUGGCAACGAGUAUCGCUGUGUAUGCGCACUAGGAUACAAAGGAGACAGAUGCGACAUUCAAAGCAAGUGCUUCCCGAAUCCGUGUAAGAAUUUCGCCACGUGUACUGAACACCCCAAUGACUACGAAUGCACAUGCCACCCAGGGUUCCACGGGAAAAACUGCGAUGAGGAAAGCAAGUGCGAGCCGAACCCGUGCCGGAAUGGUGCGGUGUGCACGGAGACAAGGGAGAAGUACAUCUGCUCCUGCACCUACGGAUUCAUGGGAAAGAACUGCGAGCAGGAAUCAAAAUGCCAUCCCGUUAACCCGUGUCAAAACAAUGGCGUCUGCAAAGAAGAUCUUGAUAGCUACAGAUGCGAAUGCAACGACAACUACGGGGGCAUCAACUGCGAAGCACGGCUGAAUAACAACGCUUGCCAGAGCAGUCCAUGUCUUAAUGGUGGUACGUGCUCUGUAGACCCUGUGAAGGAGUCUGAAUACACGUGUAUCUGUCCGAAUGGAUUCUCAGGGCAAACGUGCCAAGACACCGCCUCGUCGAAGAAUGAGUACUAUAAGGAAGUAUUUUUGUCAAGCCCCGGGAGCCAGCCUUGUGACCCUAACCCGUGCUUGUACGGCGGACGAUGCAUCCCCGCAGGGUACAGAUACGUGUGUAUUUGCCCCGAUGAUAGAAACGGACGGCAUUGCGAAGUUCUAUUAUCGCGGAUUUGUGACAGAUGUUCUCGCCAUGCUCUGUGCGUGGAUGAUAAAUGUGUUUGCCGGCCUGGAUUCAGUGGAAAUGGUUUUCACUGUAGAAGAAAGAAAGUCCAUUGUCAUCCCAACCCGUGCGAGAACGGUGGCACGUGCCAUGAGCAAAAUCACAUGUACUCCACGGAUUCAGACUGGUGGUGUGAGUGCAACAAGGGCUACACGGGCCAGACUUGUACGCAAUACGACCCAUGCACUGGCUUUAAUUGUCAUAACGGUGGGCGCUGCCAGUCAAGCGGAGGCAUUCCCACGUGCACGUGCAUCGCGCCUUACACCGGAGCAACAUGCGAAUUGGACAACCCAUGUCUCCCUAUGGGUGGAAAGUCACGUGAUCCGUGUCAAAAUGGAGGAACUUGCCAGUUUAUCAACAACCAAGUGGUUUGCCUGUGUCCGAAACAAUACGAUGGGACCGACUGCAGUAAAAACAAGUGCGAUCGAUGUGACCCCAAUGCCUCGUGUUAUGAUGGCUCAUGCAGGUGCAGGCCCCAGUGGACCGGUGAUGGGUAUACGUGCACUAAGCUUAUAUCUGCAAAUCCCCCAAGCUAUAGCCCGACGGUACCGGUUACGUACUGUGUGCCAAACCCAUGUGAAAACGGUGCCACGUGCAUCGAGGGCAAGACUACUUUCUACUGCAUCUGCACAGAGGACUUCUACGGAAGGACAUGCGCAUCGCGUAGGAGUGUCAAGGUCGUCUACAAGUACAAAGAACACGAAGACAGCUACCGUCACCACCUGUGUCACCCUAACCCAUGUCUGCACGGAGGAAUAUGCAAAGAAAUCUCUGGCAACGACUAUGAAUGCAUCUGCGCCAACCCUAGAUACAAGGGACGAUUCUGUGACGUUGACCUGUGCUCGGAGUGUGACGCGCAUGCGCGCUGUAUCCACGGCAAGUGUUACUGCCGGGAGGGAUACGAAGGAGAUGGAUACUCGUGUACCAAGAUACCAACAGACGAGUGUAAGGGCGGCUGUCCAUUAUACGCCACGUGCGAGAGUAACGUCUGCGUUUGUCAGCCCGGUACCACGGCCUGUUGUCAACCUGUGACCACACCCUGUAGCAGCACCUGCCCGGCGGGAAAACGGGUCUGCAUACCAGCUCUGCCCCCUUCACCAAUGUUUGGUCAUACGAAAGCUCUAUCUCCUUUCAUCGCCAAAGAUGCGAAAGCCAUAACUAAAGCCCUAGUUCUACCAACAUCCAAGGCAGCAAACGGACAGCUGCAAUACUCCUCAAGGUACAAGCCACCGAUUACAUCCGGGCUUCUCCCCCCAACUAAGGCGCAAGAGUGGUCGGAGGAUAUCAUCGUGACGGAGUACCAAAGCUUGGGGUGUUGGGCCGACACACCGAACUGGCGAAAUCCCCACAGCCGCGCACUCAUCUCUCUAGAAGGACUGGACGCUAAGAUUAUGGAUGACUAUCACAGAAGAAAGCAGCCAAUUAGCAAGUGCGCCGAAAUUGCGCGGGAUCUAGGUUAUAAGAUUUUUGCUAUUCAAAAUGGCGGUCAGUGUUUUAGUGGCGCGCGCGAUUACAGAAAGUACGGACCAUCGGAGUUGUGUAAAAACGGAGUCGGAGGAAACUUGGCUAAUGAUGUAUACAAGUUAUAGUAAACUACAGAACGUAUGGGACAGUGUAAAAAUAUAGGUGGAAGUUUUGCCAAUGAUGUAUACAAGUUAUAGAAAAUUAGUCUAAAAGGAUGGAGUCCGCUACUUCCUAGUGAGGAAAUUAUCAUCGGUUGCUGUGCUUGGUGAAAUCAGCAGGUUGUCAAUAAAUGGCAUUUGGAGGUGAAAAAAUCAAAAAUGCAAUGACACAGUUGCAAUUCCAAAUAGCUGUGCCAGGUGGAUUUAAGUCAAAAGCCGCUAUUUAAUUCAAACGUUGACAUUUUCGCGCGCAUACCGAAAUUACUCGAAAAGCGCUUACCUCAAAUAGCGCAUCCCCCGAGUAAGCGCAUCGUCUAUGAGGAAAAAUAUGAAUAAGCACCUCCCCCGAAUUCUCUAACUACAUUCUAGCAUUGAAUAGAACGGAUUCUGAAAUAAGGGCCUUACGUAUAAGCGCCUUUCCGCAUAAUCGCCUUCCCGUAUAAGCGCCUUUCCGUAUAAAGGCCUUCCUUAUAAUCGCCUUUCCGUAUAAGCACCUUCCCGUUUAAUCGCCUUUUCGUAUAAGCCCCUUCACGUAUAAUCGCCUUUUUUAUAAGCGCCUUUCCAUAUAAUCGCCUUUCCGUAUAAGCGCCUUCCCGUUUAAUCGUUAUUGUAUAAGCCCCUUUCCGCAUAAGCGCUUUGCAUGGGACAUGAAUAAUUAUUAAAAACGCCCCGGCGCUUAUUCGAGUAAUUACGGUGACGCUAAACCCAGCCUAUUUACCACAAGCAAAAUGAGGGUAAUUGAACGUGCCUAUUUACCACAAGCAAAAUGGGGGUUAUUGAAAGUGCCUAUUAACCACAAGCAGAAUGAGGGUUAUUGAACGUGCCUAUUUACCACAAGCAAAAUGAGGGUUAUUGAACGUGCCUAUUUACCACAAGCAAAAUGAGGGUUAUUGAACGUGAUGUUGUCGGUGAUGAUCUAAUGUAGGCAUGAUUUAGAUCACUGAAAAUGUUUACACGCGAAUAUAUUUUUGGAAUCCAAUAGAUGAACAUUUAUAAAUGAUUGUCAGUUUUUAUCUCUAAAGUAGUAUAAAGUUCUGGUAUUACCGUACUUUUCUAUUGUGCAUGUCCAAAUCGCCCCAACUCCCAUGAUUCCCUAGUACUUUUGCAGUAACUUUCGCCGGCCGCCUCAUUGCCUGAUUAGCUCGCUAGUGGCAAACAAAUUAGUUAAAGUUUUUUUUAAGUUAUAAGAAGUCACUUAACAUAACAAGGCUGGUGUGUGGCGCCCAUUUUCAAGCCAUGAUGAGCUUGAAAAAAUCUCCAGGUCAGCUCCAGGAUUAAUAGGCUUCAAAGACAAUGGGACAGCGUGUGGUCUUUUGAAACAUACUGUAUAUUUCGGAAUAAAGAGAGUGUCAUAGUCUACAAA